AUGUCGCGCAUCAACGCGUCCUUCUCGGGUUCGCCGUCGGGCUCGCCGCUCGUUGUUCCGCCCGGUCCGCUUGCGGCGGCGGCGUUUGAGAGCGGGAUGAGUGCGGUGGAGGAGCUGAGGUUGCUAAAGGCGCAGGUGCAGGAUGUUGCGCGGGUGUGUAAUGCGGUCGCGAGGGGCGAUUUGAGUCAGAAGAUUACGGUGCCUGUGCAGGGCGUGGUUAUGGUGCAGCUCAAGGACGUUAUCAAUACCAUGGUGGACAAGUUGGGUCAGUUCGCCAAGGAGGUUACUCGGGUGUCGCAGGAAGUCGGAACCGAAGGUAAAUUGGGCGGCCAAGCCCUCGUCCUCGACGUCGAAGGCACCUGGCGCGAACUCACCGGCGUCGUCAACAAGCUCGCCGCGAACUUGACGAACCAAGUGCGGUCCAUCGCGACCGUCACGAAAGCCGUCGCGUUGGGCGAUUUGUCGAAGCAGAUCGACGUGGACGCGCGCGGCGAGAUAUUGGACUUGAAGAACACGGUCAACGGUAUGGUUAUAAGGCUGAGGGCGCUAGCGGCGGAGGUGACGAGGGUGACGUUGGAGGUGGGAUCGCAGGGCAAGUUGGGCGGGCAGGCGCAUGUGCCGGAUGUGGAGGGGGUGUGGUUUGAGUUGGUUAGGAAUGUGAACCGGAUGUGUUCGUCCUUGACGGACCAAGUGCGGAGCAUCGCGAAGGUGACGACGGCGGUGGCCAAGGGCGACUUGACGCAGAAGAUCGAGAUACAAGUCGAGGGCGAGAUGUCGACGUUGAAGCUGACGGUGAACAGCAUGGUGGACCAGUUGAGCGCGUUCGCGUCCGAGGUGACGCGUGUCGCGCUCGAGGUGGGGACGCAGGGGAUAUUGGGCGGGCAGGCGCGCGUGGAGGGGGUGCAGGGGACGUGGGCGGAUUUGACGCGGAAUGUGAACAAAAUGGCGAGCAACUUGACGGACCAGGUGCGGUCGAUCUCGGAGGUGACGAAGGCGGUCGCGCUGGGCGACUUGAGCAAGAUCGUGAAUGUGGACGUGCAGGGCGAGAUGCUGGACUUGAAGAUGACGGUGAACAGCAUGGUGGCCCAGUUGAGCACGCUCGCGAACGAGGUCACGCGCGUGUCGCUCGAGGUCGGCACGGAGGGUAUAUUGGGUGGGCAGGCGAGUGUGCCGGAUGUGCAGGGGAUGUGGAAGGUCUUGACGGACAAUGUGAACCUGAUGGCGAUGAACUUGACGAACCAGGUGCGGUCGAUCGCCGAGGUCACGAAGGCGGUCGCGGGCGGCGACUUGACGAAGAAGAUCGAGGUGGAGGUGCGCGGCGAGAUCAACGAGCUCAAGGAGACGGUGAACGGCAUGACGGAGUCGUUGUCGCUAUUCGCGGACGAGGUCACGCGUGUCGCGCGCGAGGUCGGCACCGAGGGCAAGUUGGGCGGGCAGGCGCGAGUGACGAAUGUGGGCGGGACGUGGAAGGAUUUGACGGAUAAUGUGAACGUGAUGGCGGCGAAUUUGACGCUACAGGUCCGCACGAUUGCGGUUGCUACGACGGCCGUGGCGCGCGGUGACUUGACGCAGCAGAUCACGGGCGUGUCCGUGUCUGGCGAGAUGUUGAGUUUGGUGAACACGAUCAACGACAUGAUUGCGCAGUUGGCCAUCUUCGCCAAGGAGGUGAAGAAGGUCGCGUUCGAGGUCGGCACGGAGGGCAAGCUAGGUGUCCAGGCCGAGGUCGGGAACGUCCAGGGUAUCUGGCAGGAGAUCACCAUGUCCGUGAACACGAUGGCCGGCAACUUGACGACGCAGGUGCGCGGCUUCGCGCAGAUCUCUGCGGCGGCCAUGGACGGCGACUUUACACGGUUCAUCACGGUCGAGGCGAGCGGAGAGAUGGACUCGUUGAAGACGCAGAUCAACCAGAUGGUGUUCAACUUGCGCGACUCGAUCCAGAAGAACACGGCCGCGCGUGAGGCGGCCGAGUUGGCGAACCGGAGCAAGUCUGAGUUCUUAGCGAACAUGUCGCACGAGAUUCGAACGCCCAUGAACGGUAUCAUCGGUAUGACGGAGUUGACGCUAGACUCGGACUUGAACCGGUCGCAGCGCGAGUCGUUGCUGCUAGUGCACUCGUUGGCUCGCUCGCUACUAUUGAUUAUCGAUGACAUCUUGGAUAUUUCUAAAAUCGAGGCUGGGCGGAUGACGAUGGAGGCUGUCUCGUACUCGCUCCGGCAGACGGUCUUCGGCAUCCUCAAGACGCUCGUCGUCCGUGCUUCGCAGAACAACCUCGAUCUCACGUAUGACGUCGACCCAGACAUCCCAGAUCAGUUGAUUGGUGACUCGCUCCGUCUACGACAAGUCAUAACCAACUUGGUCGGGAACGCGAUCAAGUUCACGCCGUCCAAGGUGUCCAAGAAGGGCCACGUCGCGCUAUCGUGCAGGCUGCUCGCGCUGGACGACUCGAGUGUGACGCUCGAGUUCUGUGUGACGGACACGGGUAUCGGGAUUGCGAAGGACAAACUGAACCUUAUCUUCGACACUUUCUGCCAAGCUGAUGGGUCGACUACGAGGGAGUACGGCGGUACAGGUCUUGGUCUAUCCAUCUCGAAGCGGCUUGUCAACCUGAUGCAGGGCAACAUGUGGGUCGAGUCGGAGGUGUCGAAGGGCUCCAAGUUCUUCUUCACCAUCACAUCCCAGAUCAGCCAGAGCACGAUCGAGGCGACGCUCGGCAAGAUGCAGCCGUUCCAGAAACGCUCGAUUCUCUUUGUCGACACGCUCGGCGAUACCACCGGCGUCGUGCACCGCAUCCAGGAGCUCGGUCUGCGGUCGUACGGCGUGGGCGGGGUCAGCGAGGUCAGCGAGAAGGACAGGUGCCCGCAGAUCGAUACUAUUGUUGUGGACUCGUUGACGAUGACGGAGAGCAUACGUGAAUGCGAGCAUCUGCGGUACAUCCCCAUCGUCCUUUUGGCGCCUUCAAUGCCUCGUUUGAACUUGAAAUGGUGCCUGGAUAACUCGAUCAGCGCCCAGGUUACGACACCCGUCUCAGCCCAGGACCUCGCGGCGGCGCUCAUCACGGCUCUAGAGUCGAACACCGUCAGCCCCGUGUCCGCGCCGAACGACAUCGUGUUCGAUAUUCUGCUCGCGGAGGAUAACAUGGUCAACCAGAAGCUAGCAGUCAAGAUCCUCGAGAAGUACGGGCACAGCGUCGAGAUCGCGGAGAACGGCUCGCUCGCCGUCGACGCGUUCAAGGCGCGCGUGCAGCAAGCCAGGCCAUUUGACAUCAUUCUCAUGGACGUGUCGAUGCCGUUCAUGGGUGGCAUGGAGGCGACGGAGCUCAUCCGUGCGUACGAGAUGGGCAAAGGGCUGGGCAGGACGCCGAUCAUUGCGCUCACGGCGCAUGCGAUGAUUGGUGAUCGUGAGCGGUGCUUGCAGGCGGGCAUGGACGACCAUAUCACGAAGCCGCUAAGACGGGGUGAUUUGCUCAACUCGAUCAACAAGCUCGCGGGCGAGCGCGUGAAGGCGGCGAAGCAGUACCACUUGCUGCACCGCCCGCCUGCUAUUCUCCCCGCAUAA